AUGGCAUCGUCCGUAUGGAGUGUUGCAUUGGUGAUGUCGUCGAUAAAAGCUUUGUUAAUUCCUACAUACCGAUCUACUGACUUUGAGGUGCACAGAAAUUGGUUAGCAAUUACUCACAGUUUACCAGUGAGCAAGUGGUAUUAUGAGUCAACCUCUGAAUGGACAUUGGAUUACCCUCCUUUCUUUGCCUGGUUUGAAUUUGUGCUGUCUCACAUUGCCAAAUACUUUGACCCAAAGAUGUUAGUGAUCACAAACUUAAGGCAUUCCAGCCCACAAACAGUGCUCUUCCAAAGACUUUCCGUCAUUGUGACAGACUUUUUAUUUGUAUACGCUGUUAAAGAAUUUUGUGAAAAAUGUGUGAGAGCUAGAAGAAAAGCUGGAUUGUCAGACAUCUUUGAAACACCUUCUCUUGUCAUGGCUGUGCUUCUUCUGGCAAAUAGCGGACUUCUUAUUGUUGAUCACAUUCAUUUCCAGUACAAUGGAUUUUUGAUGGGGUUUUUGUUACUGUCUGUCACCAGAAUGUACGAGGGAAGACACAUUGAAGGGGCUCUUUGGUUUGCUGUGCUUCUCAACUUUAAACACAUUUACCUGUACAUUGCUCCUGCAUACUUCAUUUAUCUACUCAGGUGUUACUGCUUUCAAAGUGCUCCAGAUGGCACACUCCAAUUGACAAGUUUUUCACCAACAAGAUUAAUCCUUGGUUUGGUUGUAUUGUCCACCUUUGCCCUCUCUGUUGGACCUUUUGUGUACAUGGACCAGUUGCCUCAGUUAUUGUCCCGUCUUUUUCCUUUCAAACGAGGGCUGUGUCAUGCUUAUUGGGCGCCAAAUUUCUGGGCUUUGUACAAUGUUGCUGAUAAGGCAGCCUCUAUUGUAGGCAUAAAACUGGAGCUGCUGUCCCCAUCAGCUCCGGGUAAUGCUACCAUGACAGGGGGGCUGGUGCAAGAGUUUGAUCACACCGUCCUUCCAUCCAUCUCUCCAUUGGUCACCCUCAUUGUUACUCUUCUCUCAAUUUUGCCCAGUCUUGGGACCCUGUGGCUCUACCCUCAUGGACCUCAGAGUUUUGUCAGGUGUAUAGUGCUGUGUGCCUUCGGUUCCUUCAUGUUUGGCUGGCACGUUCAUGAAAAAGCCAUCCUCCUAAUCCUCAUUCCUCUCAGUUUACUGGUAUUAGAGAAGAAGCGUGAUGGGCAGGUUUUCCUGAUUCUCUCAGCUGUGGGACAGUUCUCUGUCUUACCUCUUCUCUUUACUCAGUUUGAAACACCAAUAAAGCUCUGCAUCUAUAUUAUUUAUAUUAUUUACGCAUUUGCAAGUCUUGGCAAACAUUAUGGGUUAUCAUGGAGUUUUAAAAGUUUACCUUUAUUAACCAGCCUGGAAUCUGUUUAUGUUUUGGGGCUCUUGCCACUGGAGAUAUACUGUGACAUCAUUCAUGGGCUACUGGGUUUACAGCAGAGGCUUCCAUUCUUACCCCUACUCUUAACCUCUGUGUACUGUGCCCUGGGGGUCAUGUACUGCUGGCUCAAGUUUUAUUAUCUCACACUCACAGAUAAAGGGUAUAAAGCCGGUAAAGGGGACUGAUCCUUGUGACAUUUUGUUUUCAACAAACAUUUUUCAUCAGACGAACUCAGUGUCACACAAAUCAUGCAAUAUUCAAAUUUACAAUGAAAUGUUACUUGUACACAUUAUAAAUUGCGUUUUAACAUUAAUAGUUGACAUAAAUGUGUAAGAAGGAACAGAAAUUGUUUACUAAAUAUAUGUGAACAGCAUAUACUAUUCAGUUCAUGAGCAGUUAUUUAUUCAUGUUGAGAUAAAUUUGAUUUGAUUGAUUGAUACAGGGGGUCUUCA